CUGGCGACAAGAACCCAGCAACGAGAAUCAACAACAACAACAACUGAAUCCGCCAUAAAAAUAAAAGAAGACAUUUUACCGGUGGGAAAUACACACGUGGAACCAGAGGGUGAUUUCCAGCUCUUGUAAUGGCCACCUCAGGCUACGUAGGUGAGAUCCAGCCGGCAGCUCAACCCCAGGGAGCUGGUGUUACCGUCACACCAGGGCAAUCUGAUGCCAGCUCCACCCCUGCAACUGCCCCUCAGUUUCUGGCUGAGAUCCAGACUACUGUGGCUACUGCAACAGUUGUCACGCCCACAGGCCAAACUACUACCACUGAACAAGCCACUUCCAUCACCACUCAGAAGCCUGCAGCUGGUAGUCAAGCCCAGUCCACCUCACAGACCCAGCCAGCUCAGACUCAGUAUGUGACUGCAGAGAUCCAGGGCUCCCCCACACAGUCUGGAAAUGCUCAGAGCACUCCUCAAUACAUUGUUGUCACAGUCACAGAGGGCUCCCUUCACUCAAGUGACAGUGUGUCGGACUCAAGUCCCCCUCCAGCUGUGGUGCAGACAGGAGUUCCCACACAAGUUGUUCAGCAGGUACAGACAGCUCAACAGCAGAGGUCCGUGGUGCAGGCCACCUCUCAGAUAGCCAAGACUGAGCCAGGAACCCAGCUCAGUGUCACCAGUCUACAGCCUGUUCAUAUCAGUCAGGAGGUCCAGCAGCAGCUCACACCAGUGCCAGUCCAACAUGUGUACACCAAUCAAGUGCAGUAUGUGGAAGGAGCAGACACCAACUACACCACAAGCACAAUUCGCUCCAGCGCCUUUCCUUACACUGAUACACCCUUGUACACCCAGACCACAGCUACCCAGUAUUAUGAAGGUCAGCCAACAUCAGGCUCACAGGCUUCUACCCCUGGCACACCUCUGACCGUCUCAGUAACUGCUGGCACUACAGGGGGUGUAUCCAUGUUUGUGGCCCAGCCCACCAGUGCAGCAGGGGGAGGAGCCACAGUAGUGACCACGGGUGGCACCACCAACGGGGCAGGGGAUGGGGCAGGCACCAACGGUGGCGCAGCAGGCAGCUAUGUGAUCCAGGGGGGUUACAUGCUGGGCAGCAGCAGUGGAGGGGCAGCUGGCAACAGUCAGAACUACUCUCACACCGCCCGCGCCUCUCCAGCCACUGUGAGUAUUACAGAGGGCGAGGAGAGUAGCGUGCCGUCGGCAGACAAGAAGGUACAGUGGUUGCUGGACAACUAUGAGACAGCAGAAGGAGUGAGUCUGCCACGUUCCACCCUCUACUGCCACUAUUUGCUGCACUGCCAGGAGCAGAAACUAGAGCCUGUUAAUGCUGCCUCUUUCGGGAAACUCAUUAGAUCUGUGUUCAUGGGACUACGCACACGACGCCUGGGCACACGGGGUAAUUCUAAAUACCACUACUAUGGGCUGAGGAUCAAGGCAGGCUCAUCUCUUCUCCGUCUGAUGGAAGACCAGCAACAUCUGGCCAUGAGGCAGCAGCCCUUCUCACAAAAACAGAGGUUGAAGCCUGUGCAUAAAGUGGAAGGAAUGACCAAUGGCACAGCAUCAGGAGCAGGCCAGCAGCAGCAACAGCAGCAGGGGUCAGGGCAUGUGGACAUCAGCACCCAGGUUCAACAGUACCAGCAGUUCCUAGAUGCAUCCAGGGCUCUCCCGGAGUUCCCGGACAUCGACCUCCAGGGGAAGUCUCUGCCAGAGGGCAUUGAGCUGGAGCACAUUAAGAGCUUUCAGCUGCUGUACAGAGAACACUGUGAGGCCAUACUGGAUGUGAUGGUCAAUCUGCAGUUUACCCUGGUGGAGACACUGUGGAAGACCUUCUGGAGGUUUAGCCAGAGUCAGGCCGGAGAUGCCACGUUGGCUGUUCAUGACGAGUCAGAGAAGCGUCUCCCUAAGUCCUGCCUGGUGUUGCUGUGCAAGUAUGAGCCAGUGCUGCGCUGGAGCCGUGACUGCGACAACAGCCUGUACCAGGGCCUGGUGGAGAUCCUCAUCCCUGAUGUCCUCAGGCCCAUCCCCAGUGCCUUAACUCAAGCCAUCCGCAAUUUUGCCAAGAGUCUGGAGAGCUGGCUGACUAAUGCCAUGAUGAACAUCCCGGAGGAAAUGGUCCGCAUCAAGGUAACUUCAGCCAAUGCAUUUGCCCAGACACUGCGUCGCUACACCAGUCUGAACCACCUCGCCCAGGCUGCCCGAGCUGUCCUCCAGAACACGGCUCAGAUCAACCAGAUGCUCUCUGACCUCAACCGUGUCGACUUCGCGAACGUCCAGGAGCAGGCUUCAUGGGUGUGCCGGUGUGAAGACCGCGUUGUCCAGCGGCUGGAGCAGGACUUCAAGCUGACCCUUCAGCAGCAGAACUCCCUGGAGCAGUGGGCUGCGUGGCUGGAUGGUGUGGUCUCCCAGGUCCUAAAGCCAUACCAGCACAGCCCUGCCUUCCCUAAGGCUGCUAAGCUCUUCCUGCUCAAGUGGUCCUUUUACAGUUCCAUGGUAAUCAGAGACCUGACCCUGCGCAGUGCAGCCAGUUUUGGUUCUUUUCAUCUGAUCCGCCUGCUGUAUGACGAGUACAUGUACUACCUGAUAGAGCAUAGAGUGGCCCAGGCUAAAGGAGAGACCCCCAUUGCUGUAAUGGGAGAGUUUGCCAGUUUAGGUCGGGGUCUGAACCAGAUGGAUCCUGACAAAGAGGAGGAAGAGGAGGAGGAGGAGGAGAGCGAUGAGGAAGGUCAGGAGCUGUCCCUUCCCUCAGAUGGGGCCGUGCUAGGAGAGGAGUCUCUGGAGCCACCAGCCAAGCUGGCCAGAACUGACCAGAGAGUCCUGUUCAGCACUGGCUCAGCUGACAACUAACCACAGAGUAACACUGCUGGGUUGAUUAUAUUGGUCGUACAAACACGCAUAAAUGUACAAAGAACACUAAUUUAUAACCUUGAUACAUGUAUAUAGAUCUUGUAAAUGUGUGUGCACACUCUUGCUGCAUACUGUAAGUGUCCCACUUGUUUACGCACACAAACACACACACACACACACAAUCACAACACACGGUAUCUCAUUCAGUAACUGCUGCUGCCUGGAUGGCACAACCACCUGUUGGCACCACUGAUUCAAUAGAAAAUCACUGGCAUUGCAAUAGGAUGUGGCUUCAAAAACCAGACUCUGUUCAGUUGUAUGGAUUCUGUAAAAUUGAACUAAAGCCGGGCAUGUUUUUUUUUUCCUCUCAUUGCAUUGUAACCUGUAGCCUCGCUGAGAAACUUAUGCCCACUCAAUCAAAGUGAUCUUGAAAGUACUGUGAUGUGUGUGUGCUAAGCUAACUUCUACAGGAGGGGGGGAGGGGCGAGGGAGUGGACCUUUUGAUAGCUGAAUUUAGUUAUUACUAAUUCAUUCAGAAGGUUCCAGCAGGCAGUUGGGAUUUUGGGUGGGUUUGUCGUGUGUGUGUGUUUUCUGCCUGCUUCUAUGAGCACAGGGGUCAUACCGUUCUGCUGUUACUUCUGGAGGCUGACUGAACAUUGCUUCUCUAUGAUGGUGUGUGUUAACGUGUGUGUCUGGUUGUGUGGUUGUGAGUCAUGCAAAGUGUUUUCUGUAGAUAUUUUCUAAGGCAUUCAGUUUGUUUUUUUCUUUCUUUUGAUUUGGGAGACGUGUGUAGAUUUUCUUUGACUGUAUUCGCCUGUAAAGAAAACGUCGUGUUCUUGGAGUGCCUGUCGCAGCUGCUGCACACACACUUGUAAAGAUAAAGCUACGGCUGUGGAAUAGGGGCUCCCAUUAGUUGCUGCAAAAAAUCCUCUCUCAUUUAUUGAGCAUCUGGUUCCAUGAGAGAGGUACUGUAUGUGUCAUAUAUUUAUGUUCUAAGUGCUUCAUUCCUGUCCUUCUAAUAAGUUCCUCUGUUGCCUCAUUUUCCUUUGACUUAUCAUUUUCUUGCCUUAUUUCAAUAUAUUUUUCCAUGUGUGCCAAACCUGUUUGUUUUGAUCCCAGAUCCUGUUGUUUUUAAACUCUCUAUGUUUUAAGGAGGACUGUGCCUGAGUAAGAACGGUGAUAUACUUAUAUUCUGCUGUAUAUUUAUCCACUAUUUUGAAUUUUGUUGUCACUAAGUGAACCUCUUGUGCCGUGUAUGGUGCUGUGUUGUCACACAUUGUAAGCAACCUUUGUGUGCAUUAUUGAUUUGUGAUUGUACGUUCAGUUACCAAUCCUCUUUCAUACCUGAUGACUUUUCCACGAACAGGCUAAGGCCCUGCCUCUUUGCACAUAUUGACUGUUGUCUUUAAAACUCAGAGAGAGUUAAUUUCAAGUGUUUUUCCUUUCCUUUGAUGUUUUAGGUGUUUUUUUUUAUGGUGGGGUGCAGGUGUCAGAUUUCUCGCACCACUCAGUGUGGUUCAGAGAAUUUGGUGUGAGGUGAGAGAUCUCAUGGCUCUUUCUGCACAGUCCUCCACCAAUGCUCAUCUCCCUUAUCUCACUGCGUUUCCGCCCUCCUGCCAAUGGCUUUGUUUUGCUUCAAACAUCCAUAUUCUUAAACACUGUUCAUCAAGAUUAGUUGUUGCAGACAUGUCAUUUUUUGGAUUUUUAAAUACAGUGUCUUUAAAUAGCUGCAGUGCACGUCUUCAGCGGGCACUGCCAGCCUCAAACCAGCACAUCAUCCUUUAUAUGGAGUCUAAUGCUACCACAGCUGAGUACAUUAUCACUCCAGUCUUUUAAUGAUCUACAGCAUAUAGAAUGGCCAUUGUUUACCCAGUAAGAAAAAUGUUUAGUCAUUUUUUAUAGUGCAUUGUUUCUUAUGUACAAAACAAAUUGAGAAAAAAGAUGUUCAGUGGCAGUGUUUUAUGAAUUUGGUCUGCUAUAAGUAUGACUGUGCCUUUGGAGGUGGUAGAAUGCAAUUCAGAUGUUUUUAAUUUUAAAGAUAUAAAUUAAAACAUUUUUAAAAUUGCACUGCUGUUGAUUUAUUUUCUCACACUCAGGAAAACCGUCAGAGUUCUAAUCUUCCUGGGUGGCAGUCACACAAACGCAGUUGUCUGUGACCACUUCUGAUGUAAUGUACCAGAAAUGACAGUGGAACUGAAACCAACCUUACCGUCAGUCAUGUUUCUUUGAAACUAAAUGUUGGCUUGCUUGUGCAGGUAACACAAACAGAUCAAUUACACUGUCAAUUUUAAGUUAACCUAAAUCUGGGCACACAGUCACAGGUUUCUGAGAAUGCCUUCGGUUAUCUUUUUCAAAAGAGAUCGAGCUUUUGAAAAAGAUAAUUAUGACAUCUAGUGGUGAUUUAUCACAACUGUG